AUGGCGCCGCCCGGCCAGCGCCGAGGCUCAUCCAGCUUCUUCGACCGCGUGCUGCAGGCCGUGCAGGAGCUCAAGCACGACGACGAGACUGCUGACAGCGGAGAAGGUGUACCCCCACCAAGUGCUGAGGCUGAGAGUGAUAAGCUUGGAGAGGUCGACGACGCCGCUAACGGUGAAGAUGACGCUGAAGUGACGGAAGAUGCUGCUGCUGUCGUUGUCGCCGGGGAAAAAGAAGAGGAGGAGGAGGAGGAGAGGGUUGAGGCGGCGGUGAAGGCGGAGAGCGAAACUGAGGCGAAGCAGGAGGACGAGGAGGAGAAGGAACAGGAUGUCAAUGGCUCGGACCAUGGCGACCCAGCUUCGCCACCACCUCGUGUCAUCGUGAUGCCGCCUCCUGAGCCCGUAGCGAGCAAGCCUGCUGCGACGUCUCCGCGGUCGCCGGAUUUCUUUGGACGGCUCAUGUCGGCGAUGCGCAACGAGACGACGCCUGAAGCUUCGAAGACCAAGCGGCCGAGCUUUACCAGAGGCCUCUUUUCAAGCAGCGCGAAGUCGCCCCAAGCUGUGAAGGACGACGGGAAGGAGCGGUCAGACGCGUCAGUGACUGAGGCUGUCACUGCUGCUGCUGCCACCCACGUCGAAACUGAAGCACCAACCACGAGUGAGCCCAUGGAUGAGAAGACUGGCGAGCCCACCAGUCCAGAGACGGAGAAGGAGACGGAUAGCAUGGGACCGGCACCCAGCGAGACUGCCAGUAGCGAAGUUGAUGCACCAACAGCCGAGACUGCGGAGAGUGAAAAGGAGUCUUCCGCCGAAGAGGAUCUUGGACAAGGUGGCUCUGGGGCUCACUCUGAAAGCAAAUCUAGCACUGCGGAGGUGGCUGAGGUGGCUGCCACACGGGAAACCUCCAGUAACUCUGAGACCAACAGUGGAGCUGAUGCUGCAAGUGUCACUGUACCACCGCAAGAAGAGGAAGAUGUCAAACCGGUCUCUAGCCCGCCACCUGAACAACCAAAGGCUGCAGCGAGCCCCCCACCCAGUUCGUCCCGGCUAUUUGGGCGUUUAUUGUCUGCUAUGCGCACAGACCAGCCUGACUCCGGUUCUGGUUCAGGCACUGAGAGUCGUGAAGCAGGCAACAGAGCGUCCAUCACCGGCAGCACAGCUGGAAUCGUGGGCGGAAACAGCUCAAACGCCCCCGAGCCUGCAUCGACCAGUCUAUUUGACCGGUUGAUCUCAACGGUACGCCACGAAGCUCCAGCGCCAGCUGCGAAUGCCGUUGAGGAUCCUUACAUCCCACACGCUGAGAUCACUGUGGACGACAGCGGCAGCAACGAUAGCGGUAAUGAGGUCGAUGACGACGGGGCUGCCGAUUCGGAUGUUAGGAUCCACGAGAGCCCGCACGAAGCAACUACGCACCAUGCAUCGGAGUCGCAGAAGGAGGAGCUGGAGGACGGUCUGCACGGGGAACUGGCCAAGGAAGCAGCCGCAAUUGAAGAGAUGGUAGAGCUUACGCUCGACGUGGGUGGUGAUGAUCAAGACGAAGGUGAAGCGCCCGAUAACGAGCCCUCGGUCGCCAAUGACAAUGACAACGGAAACGAGAGCGAGACGGUUGUAGAGCACCACUCCGAGCCGCCCGUCACGAAUGAAAUCGACCACGUCGACGAGCAUUACCCCGAGGAGAUUCAGAACGCGAUCAAGAGAGCAGGAGCUGCGCUGCUCGCUGUGCUCCCAAGUCAAGGGGCUGCUGGUAUUUCACUUGAAUGCUACACCGCGAUUGAGCGCAUGAUGGACGACGGCGAAGUGUUCAGUAUGGAGUUUGUGAAGGAGCUCGAGAGUGCUGGAGUGCUCAUGACCUGUGCAAACGAGAACGCGGAGCAAAGUCUGAGAGCAUCCGAGGAAGACCUUGCCGAGCUACGAGUUGCUGUCGCGGCGUGCUGCACUGGAAGACUGGCGUGGACUGCUGUACCUGAGUUGCUGGCUUUGUGGUCGAUCAUCCACACGGCUGUCAGUGAUGGAAUAAGUGACGAGGCUGGAGAGAAGACCGCUGUCCUGGAGCCGUACGACAUCGUCCAGGCUGCAGAGCGGAAGGGGACGCUGCUAACCAUGGCAGGUGUCGACCGAGAAGGAGUUGAGAAGGUUGACGUGGACAACAGCCUGUUCGACGAGCAGAUUGCACAUGUAGCACUAACGCAAGCUAUGGCAGGACUACAAGGCUCCUUGUUGAUCAGUCGCCAGCGGCUGGCAGCCACGCUGCAAGCCAUGCGCGAGGGUCGUGCAGCUCUUGUGGGCGGAUGCUUGGCGCUUGUGAACAUUCCUCUACUGCGAUUCGAGAUCGGUCGUGAUUUCUUCCAGACGGCUGGGCUCUUCUUGUCGGGUAUGUUCAAGCCAACGCUGGAGUACUUCCAGCAUCAACACUUGCCUGAGUACAUCAUGCAACUGGUUCGAGGUCUGCGCGCAGCGUACACCAUCAUCGCUAUCGACGUAUCGGCAUUCGUGCAGUGGAUCUCAAAGUUCAGCAACGCGGGCGUCUUCAUUUCUAUCGGCGUUGUCAUCGUGAUUCAUUUUUUUUUCCUCCUGUGGCUGUACCGGGUCAUCCGCUACAUGCCGCGCGGGGCUGAUAACGUCCGCCACGGACACGAGUCCAUCACUUGGGCAUCGCUGGCAGCCACGAACAAGCGCAUGGUCAUGGUUUCAUCUCUCAUGAUCACUGCCAGCUUGACGGCCUAUCUCCCGCUGACGCAGUUCUGCUUCUCGGUGCUGGAUAUCAAUGCCCACAAGGGCGACGAGACAGAAAAUAUUGAAGGUACCGUAGCGUCGCACUUCACCAACAAGCCGUACUGGGGGCUCAUCGUCACCGAGGCAAUCUUGUUGCUUUUCACCUUCUCGAUCCCGUUGCCGUUCGUGCUGGUGUCUUCGAUUCGUGCUAAUCGGCCUCGAGGCUCGUUAGAAAACGCCAAGGUGACGUAUGACUUGGACGGAGAAGAGGUGCCGUUUGAUGACAAGGUGUACGCACGCCUCGUGGCCAGUGACCCGAGCCAGCUGCGUUGCCCCUACCGCUCGCUGUAUAAUGGCUUUGAGCAGCGUUGGAGCACGUACAAGGUCAUGCAGCUAGUUGCGAAAGCCGUACUCGCUGCAGUGGUCGUUGGAUCUUCGCGCAACAUAUCGACUGGAGGCAUUAUCGUCUGCGGCGUCUACUUCCUGGUUGUGCUCCUUACCAGCUGCAGCCGCCCGUUUAUCGACCCUGUGAACGACCUGAUGGAGUCGAGUGCCAAGUUCACUGCGCUAGUAACGGCAGUUGGAGGUACACUCGGAGCUUGGGCGCAGAGGAACGACAUCCACUCUAACUACAUCCAAGGCUUCCUGGGCUUUGUUCUUAUCGUGCAUUUCCUCAACUUGUGGAUCAUGCUGACGGUGACGCUGCUCGGAGUGGCUAACACUAGAACCUUGAUCAAGAACUGGCUGGGAUGGCUCUCGUUCAGCGAUACGACCCGCAUGAUCGACGACGCGCGCGCUGUGCAUAUUAUUCCAUUCUGGGACCUGAACAAAGAGGCUAAGCACCGAGUGUGGCAGGCGUUCUGGCGAGCAGUUCUGUAUGAUCUGACUCCUGUUCAUCCCGACCAUGAAGGCUCUGAAACCCACGUGAAGGAAUCACCGGCAGCUGCUAGACUCAUCGCUCAAGAUCAAGCUGUGAUCUCCGCCGGCAUCCGUCGAGUAAGCUCGCACUGGCGCGGUAAGCAGCAGCGAUAUACCACCCGCCUACGCCAGGUAGUGAGGACAGCGCUGGAGGGGGUUGAUGUGUACUGGAACGAAGAGAUUGGCGUGCGCGACGGCCACCUCGACUCCAUGUCCUGCUUCGGAAAGAUGUACGUGGUGCCGUACCCCUUCCACUGCGUCAUCGUGUACGACAACACCAACGACGAGGCCAUAAUUUGGGACGAGAUCGACGAGAGCGCCCCCAGGGACAGCAAACUCCACAGCAACCUGGCCAAGCUCCUGUUCCUCAACUUUUCUCCAGCUAUAGUGGCCAAACGCGAAGUCCGACAGAAGAUUCGAGCGCUCGCCGACCUGAAGACCCCCGUGCGGUUCCCCUUCUCUCGCGUUGAGAAGGCGGUGGUCACGGACUACUACGAGUGGACCCCCAUCGAGGGCUUCAAGCCCAUGAAGGUCAGGUACAAGGCCGUGGUCGAGUUCACGUGCCACUACACGUACGGCGUGUUCAAGGUGAAGACGUCUGGCGACACAGUUAUCAAAGGCGCGGCGAAGCGCCCCAUGGCGGAUGGAUUCAUCUUGACGAUGACCUACAAGGACGGCCGAGGGUACGCCAAGGCUCCGAGAACCGGUAAGCGCUACGAAAUCACCGGACGCAAGGCUGUUCGAGACUCGGACCACUUCGGACUGAACCCCGACAUGGAGGAGAACGAGCACCUGAAGCAGAUCUUCGAGCAGACUCGACCGAGCUGGGAGGCCGGUAUCAACAAGAUGAGGGCGGAGCACCGAGAGUACCGUCGCAGCCUCAUCAAGAUCCACGCGGAGGCCAACGACAUCCUCAGCGACGACUUCUGGUACUUCGUGUACAACAACCAGUACCUUUCUCGCAAGGAUCUGGAGCAGUACCUGAUGACUCGCGAGACGAACCAGCAGCUCCGUAAGCUCCCAAGGACGCAUGAGAAGGCUCUGGACGCGCUGUAUCUGCGCCAGCGGUUCAUCAUGACGAGUCCGGCCCACAAGCUCUGGUACAUCUUCUGGGACGACGUGUUCGCCCGCAACAGCGAGAUGUCCCGACUGAUUCCGAAGGGGGAACCGAAGCCAGGACGUGCGUGCAGAGCCGACUUUGACCCCAACAGCGCCACGUCCAUCUGCUACAGCAAGAAGAACCGCGCAGACCUGGAGGCGUGGCUGGGUGAGCGCGGACUACUGAGCAAGGCGGGCAUGUUCCACCCCGGUCUGCUGCAGCUGCUGUACGACGAGCUCAAGAAGCUCGAGGAAGCCUCGGACCCCAAGCACAACAUGAAGGUCAUGCCCCGAGGCAAGUCGUUCAAGCGCGGCUCCAUGAUCGCCUCCAUGAUUAACCCCAAAAGUUGA